CAAGCUCUCACAACUCGAUCGGUCUCACUUCUCCCGUACGCUACUCACCAAUUCCUCCGCUCCUCCUACGCGCUUCUGCUCUCCGCCUCCGGCCUCCGGCAGCCUCCUUCCUUCCCUUAUUUUUCACGGUUUUAUCUGAAGAGGAAAGUGAUGGGGAAGAAGCUCCCCUUUCAUUGCAUUGAGGAGCUCGACCUCUACAAGUUCCCUCCUUGGGAUCUCCCACAGAAGUCGGUGUUGAGAACUGGAGAUCUGAAGUGGUACUUCUUUUGCCCUAGAGAGAAGAAGUAUGCAAGUGGAACAAGGAUGAAUCGUACUACCGAAUUCGGGUACUGGAAGACCACAGGGAAAGAUAGAACAGUUCUUUAUGAUAAUGAGGUGUCGGGAAUGAUCAAGACUCUGGUUUUCCACCUUGGUAAGGCACCGAAGGGUGAGCGGACUGAUUGGGUUAUGUAUGAGUAUAGAUUGGAGGACAAGAAGUUGACUGAUAGUGGCAUUGCUCAGGACUCUUAUGUCCUUUCUGUUAUCUUUAAGAAGGAUGGGCCAGGACCUAAAAAUGGUGCUCAAUAUGGGGCGCCAUUCAAGGAGGAAGACUGGGAGUUGGAGGAUGAUGAUGAAGAAGAAGUGAAUGAUAUAGGAGCUGCUUUAUGGGCUGGUGGGUCUACUACUCCAUCUAAGGGAUUAUCAGUUGAUCCAAUUAAUUUAGUUCCCGAAGUUACUUGUGUUGUGUCGCCACAAUCAUGUCUAUCGGCUGAGAAAGCAAAUGCAUAUGAUGUACCUGUUACUCCUGAUACUGUCAAUGCUACUACUGAAGGUGUGUCUCAGGCACCUGCUUCUGAAGACGUUCCCGAAGCUCUGCAUGUUGUUCCCAAAGAACCUUUGGAAUCUGCACUAAUCAGUUCCAUUGGGUUGCCUGAAGCUGGAAAUGGGGAGUACGAUGAUGAUUUGCUCUCCAUGUUGGCUAACUUCUCUGAAGAAGCUCCGUUUACACUGGAUGAUUUCCAAAAUACUGAGGUGAUUAAUAAUCCCGAUCAAGUCGGUUUGAUUAGUGAUCCUGAUCAAGCUAUUGCUCUGCCACCCUGUCCAGCUCUGGAUGGCAAUGGAAUCUACAGUAAUAUGGGACAUCUCGGUAACUUUGCCACAUACAGCGAACCUCAGGGCCUGUUCAAUGGCUAUGUUGCUGAACUCGACGACGCAGAUUUCAUGUUCGCUGGUGGGGGAGACGACAAUUUCUUGGAGUUGAUGGAUCUGGACACCCCGUUGAACAACUUCCAACAACAACAACAGCAACAACACAAUCAAUACGGAGAUUCCCAAUGUUCGCAGCAGAACAACAACAACAGCAACAACAACAGCUACUACAACAACAACAAUGUCUGCGAUGAUCUGCUGGAGUUCGUCAAUAGCUGUUGGAAACAUUCCGGCGGCGGCAGAUGAUGGGAGUUCGUAGUGAUUGUAAAUGAGAAAUCGCCCUUCGAGCUGAAGGGGACGAUUGAUUGUCUUUAUUUAUUUGCAUCUGGACUUUCGUUUCUGCAAUUCACACUGCUACAUAUGGUUUUUGACAGUUAACUUGAUUUUUAUUCUCAUUUUAUUGCAGUCGUUUAUUUCAAUAUAUUUCUUUCAUCC